AGCGGCACAGGGCACUCGAACAAUCGAUUGUUCGAGUGCCCGCUCCCGAAGGAAGAAGGAGGAGGAGGGCGAAGCAGGUUGAAAUUUUUGACGGCCACAGCCUCAGCAGAGGACGAGCGAUGGCGACGCACGAGUCGCAUCACGUAGAGAAGCAUUUCACGGCGGGGGAGUUCGUUCGCGAUGUGGUCAUCGGUAUGUCCGACGGGCUGACAGUUCCCUUCGCCCUGGCUGCGGGACUCUCUGGAGCGGCCGCCCCUUCUUCGCUUGUAGUCACGGCCGGUCUGGCUGGCUGCCGGCUGCCGGCGGAGGUGCACUCACCCGCCCAAGCCCAUGGGUUGGGCGGGUGAGUGCAUUCCUUUGCUUCAUUCCGGACUCGAUUUCUCGUCCCAGCCUCCCGCAGCCGCCAGCAAUCGACGUGGACGUGGGGGAGGGGUCAAAUUAGUCUUCGAUUGAUUCAUACUCCAUGCCGAAAGCAGUUCGGGACGCAUCGAGUCUUGGGAGUUGCUGGCUGAAGUUCACCAGGCAGACCUAAGUGUCGACGACGAUGACGCCUCCACGCCUCCACGGAUCACCUUCCGAUUCACUUUUGCCGGCUGCGUAGGCUACUGCCCCAUCCUCAAGUGGUUCGACCUGUCGCACGCAUUCAGCGCGCUGGUGAACCGCCUGAGGCAGCCGCAGGCAUUCGUGUCUCUACGCCAGUGAGUCAAUUUUGGAUCUGAAUUAUCACGGGUCUACAUGGAUACAAUGCUGAUUGGGAGUUCCAUCACACUUAUCGUUCGGCUCCGCUCUUGAAGUACUACUGCUCAGACGUGGAAGUAUCGUCUACCACCAUAGACUGCCUGAUGACGGUACAUACUGUGAUCCCAGUCCACUGCCUGAUGACGGUACAUACUGUGAUCCCAGUCCACCAGAGCAAUCCUUGACAUCUGGUAAUAACGUACCAGAUAGUGAUCUACCGGUAAUUUGUGACUUCCACCCGCACUUGAAGCAGCACCAGUAUUUCACUUCUUAGACGAUUCUGAUGCUUGAGAAGUAGAUGUCAACUGCAACUAAUUUUCAAAUUCGUUGGGUUCAAAUUCAAAGUUUGAAUUCAAAUUUGAACUUUGAAUUUGAGUUUUGAGAGCUGAACAGCUCGUUACUGUUGAGUCAAGCAAGGUCGAAUUCAGAUGGGGUUCAGGCCGAGAUGGAUCAUGUGAGUCCGAUACAACACGCACCUUCUGCAUAGGAAUUACGCUCGUCCACAGACAAUACUGACUCAAGCGGGACAAGACGAUAGUGCACAUUGGUCCACCAUUCGUCGUAAUUUUCUGCACCUCUGAACCUGUCAUACGUCCCAUAGACCAGCCUUCGAAGGAUUGCACGUUUCUUGAUCCGUAUUGUUUCGGCACUGUCAUUAUCAUGGGCCGACAUUAGGUUUCUGCAUUCUGCAUAGUUCUCCUUUGCUUUCUGUUCCUUGACUUUAUCAUAAACGUAGUACCCCGCAGCGGCCGUAGCCGUCAAUGCGAAGGACGCCAAGAACUUGAUAGACCCCAAGAAGACCCAGUGAGUGGCAGUGGAAUCCAUCCUCGAUGCGCUUUACGUGUCACUGUCUCUAGUCCAAAAUAACAGCGUCUUCACACUGGGACAAAAUACUGUUUUUCCCGGAGCUGACAUCUGUAUCGAUCCAUCGACGACCAAUUUGACAACGGUUGCUUGCAUCUCACCGAAGCUUCUUCCAUCAUUUGCUUUGAAGACAUCGUCAGUCUAGGCAUACUUUCCUCGGAGAGGAGUUGAAAUAUUAAGGUAGUGAGUGGAACACAUUCCAGAUCUAGACAUAUUGAUUAAACACGUUGAUUCGAUUUGUUGUGAGUGUUGCUAUAUUGUUGGCACCAGUGUGGAGACAAUACUAGAAUAGAUGUUGACAAGCGCUGCUAUCUCAAAAAACCUGCCAAAUAUUUGUAUAGAUUAUACUUUCUGAUCUGUUCGUUUAGAUUACAAGUCGAUGGGAAGGCUAGAUCGCUGGAUAUUCAGAAGAACAUGUGCACACCGUUGUAUAUGGAAGUUCUCGUCUUGCGGAGGCUCUGAGAGCGAGAAGGGGUCAGAGCAUGCAGCUUUGGAGGAUAGGAAGUUUGAACGAUUGCACAUCCGAAAGAAGUUCAUGGACAGAUGACAUUUCCUAUCCACGAUGGGAUCUUCCCAACCAUCUGGACAUUUUCCCCCAGGUUUCUUAGAUAUUCACUUACUAUGUAGACCAUCAAAUGUGUGGAUUUGAAGGCAAGAAUGGAGGUUGUAGAUACAAAUGUAGAGUAUAUGAAAAAAUGAUACACUGUGAAUGUCAGUAGUCAAGAUGGUGCCAGACGGACCAGUCGAUUUCCUCACGCGCCUGUGAUGGUAUAUAACGCUGCGAUCAGUACACAGGGUGCGUGGAGUGAGGGAGGGUAGCUCGCGUGAUUUGUUCCACUCGGUGAGAUGAUUCGUUGAUGCGAUCGAGGAGAAGGAGGAGGGAAUCAUGUUCAGGCGUGGGAGUUCGGGGAUGGAGAAGGAGUAAGAGUAGCUCGGCCUGCUCAGGUGCAGGAAGCAGGGGACCGAUCAAUGACAAUGACAGACUGAUUUCCUCUAAGACCAUCUGUUGUUGUUAUAGGGUAUAAAUGUACCAAGAGGUUCUAACUAAGGGUUUAAAAUUGGGUUACCGAG